AUUGUUUCUAAGUCUAAAAAUUCUGACGGUUCAGAUAUUGAAAACAUUUAUAACAAUGCACUUAUUAAUAUUUAUAAAUUCUACUGGGAAUUGACAACUCAGUUUCUAGAAGAAAAAUUGGAUGUCCUGGCUAGAGAAGGUAAUGAUCGUCUUCCCAGUGGUGAGACUCUGGAAUUAUUAAUCAGUAAUCCAUGGGGGUAUGACUUGAAAAGUGUAAUUGACAGUUAUUAUAAUAAUUCUCAGCCGGAAGAAGCUGAAAUUUGGCCUGUUCAAAAAAUAAAUUAUCCAGCUGUUGAUAUUGAUCGUACUUAAUUAGAUUAUAUUUCAGUGUUUUUAAAAAAAAAUUAAAAAAAAGAAUACAAGACACGUGCGAAAAAUAAAACCAUGGUUACAUAAAGGAUUUUAGUUUUGUUUUGUGGAGCUGAGUAAAAACUGGUAAUAAAAAGUGUAGUUAAAAAAAAAUAAAUGACAAAAUUGUCAUUAGUUCACUGUGAUGGUGAUUAGUUAAUUCAAACAAGUGUUUUGAACAAAUUAAAAAUCCUGGGGAAUAAAACAAUAAUAAAUAUGUAAAAUUAAAUAGAUUUUUAAGAUAGAAAAAAUGGAUUUGAGCCAAAAUCACGCUAUUGCUGGAGCUGUCAGUGGAUUUUUGACAAGAUUGAUAUGUCAACCUUUUGAUGUCAUUAAAAUUCGCUUUCAGUUACAAGUGGAACCGAUAUCUCAUACACACUCUAGUAAAUAUCAAUCAUUGUUACAAGCAACUUCGACGAUAAUCCGCGAAGAAGGUAUUUUCAGUCUAUGGAAAGGCCACUUACCUGCACAAUUUCUGUCAAUUACUUACGGUCUGACUCAGUUUUACAGUUACAACAAGCUGAUGGAAGUGAUGACAGAUUCAAAGAUAAACAACAGACAGUACUCGAUGAAUUUUAUAGCUGGUGCAACAGCUGGUACAAUUGCAACAAUUGCUUCAUUUCCUUUUGAUACUGCAAGAACUAGACUCGUCGCGCAAUCUUCAACUCGGAAAAUAUACACUGGAUUAUUCAAUUGUUACUGGACAAUUUUAAAGACUGAAUCAGUAAGAACAUUAUUUCGAGGACUUUCACUGACUUUAUUGCAAGUAGCCCCACACACUGGCCUGCAAUUUCUCUUUUACAAUAUAUCAACAAGUAUAUACAGAAGAUUAGUACCUGAUAGUGAAAUAACCGCCUUGAAUUCAUUACUAUCUGGAAGCAUCGCUGGAGUGCUUUCAAAAACGGCGAUCUAUCCGAUGGACCUGGGGCGUAAGCGUCUGCAAAUUCAGGGCUUCGAGCACGGAAGAGUUGGGUUUGGCAAAUUUUUCCACUGCGGUGGCUUGGUUGAUUGCUUUGUACGUAUUGUCAAAGAAGAAGGCGUUCUGGGUUUAUUCAAAGGCUUACUUCCUAGUCAAGUGAAAGCAGCAGCAACAAGUUCUUUGCAUUUUACGUUUUAUGAGCAAGCUUUACAUCUAUUAAGAUUUAUACAUUAAUAAUAAAUAUAAUAAUAAUAAUUUUAAUCAUAUAAA